AUGGAGUUUUACGCCAUGGAAUACCAAAUAACUUAUAAUACUUAUAAUUUUGUUAACUUAAAUUCAUUCGUCGAUUCUGGAGCCAUAGGUUCGGGUGGUUUUGGGACUGUAUUUAAAGUAAAGCAUAAAUUGGAUGAUAAGAUAUAUGCACUCAAAAAAGUAGAAUUUGAAGAUUAUGGCCUAGAAAGAAAAGUGAAAAUUAUGAGAGAGGUGAAAAAUUUAUCAAAAAUCAACUCAGAGUUUGUGGUUAAAUAUUACGACUCGUGGAUCGAAGGCAAACACCUCUACAUACAGAUGGAGUACUGCCCGCAAACACUCCGCUCUGUACUCAAUGACAAACAACAAGUAUUUGGGAGACAAUCGACUGAAGCCAUGAAUAUUUACGAGUAUUUCAUUUCUUGUCAAAUAUUUCGGGAAAUUUUGGAAUGCGUUCAAUAUCUUCAUGAAUUGAACCCUCCAAUCAUUCACAGGGAUAUAAAGCCCGAGAAUAUAUUGAUUUUGCAUAAUACAAAAACUAAUACAUUUCUAAAACUGGGUGACUUUGGUUUGGCCACUGAACAUAACCGGCCAACUAAGACUCAUACCCAGGGGGCGGGAACUCGCAAUUACAUGGCACCGGAAGUCGGGAUGGGUAAAAAAUAUGAUGUUAAAGCUGAUAUUUAUAGCGUUGGAAUGAUUGGACUUGAAAUGUUUGAAUUGAACACAGGAGGCAAACCUUUGGAGAAAUAUCGUUUUGCCUCGUUUUGUGCUCAGUUUAAUCCAUUAUAUCACGCGAUCGGUUCAAUGUAUGAAACCUUGAUCGGAGACCGGCCGACAAGUAGACGUUUUUUGUGUGUGAAAACAAAUACCGAUUGUGAUAAACAAAUUGGCAUUAAUUUGAGCAACACAUCAUCCAAUGAUGUAAGCAAAUCAGCUACACCAAAUCCGGCAGCUAAGCAAAUUGUACCAAUUCGACAGAAUAGCAUAAAUAAGUGGAAUAAGCUGAAUUCGGCGGACAUAGUUGACAAUCAAUAUGUCGUUUCUAAAACGCAAACAAGCAAACAUGGUGACGACAAUAAAUCUGGGCUUAGCAAGUUACCGUUCGCGACCCAACAAAGUGUUAAAAACAGAGUUAGCGAAAUCACGACAAAUAUCGAAAGCUGUGAAAAUACUAACCUAAGUGUUCGGCUCAAAACCAGAAUCAACAAGUUAAAUGUGUCUUUAACAGCAGCAUGGGAGACCAAACUAGGUAAAUACGGGCCCUCACGCAGCGAACAGCCCGAGUUAUCGGUAGUCAAGACUUCCAGCCGCGGACGCGAACCCCCGGCCAUCUACCCAAAGCCCAAACAUUUUUCGUCCAAUACGUGCAUUACGGAUGACGUGUUUGAUGUCCGCCAAAAUCGGGAAGAGUUCUCAAAACUCGUGGACAAAAUUGGUAGCGUUGUGUCGACCCCGAGGUGGCCCUCGAGCCAAACCAUACCUACCUCGUCAAGAACCCAAUUGCUCACCGAAUCAAUGUCGCACUCAAUAUCAUUUAUGUCAAUUAAUGUCGAUGUUCAGCCACAGUCAUCGCUAACACCACAGCCGCGUCAGCCAUUUUCGUCGUCACCAAUUAGUUUUGACUCUCCCCCACCCCACCCGCUUACACCCCGGUGGCCCCAUUGCUAA